AUAUUUCGUGCCUUACAGUUCGACCAAGAAGAUACAAAGUAACAAUUUGGGCUCCGGCGCACAGCUAUUUGCAACAUUGUAUCGACAAUGGAGACUCGUUUAAUCAAGUAGUGAGGCGACCUUUUCCGUUCUCAUUUACUGACAGGGACUGGAUAUACAUUAUAUUGUUUCAUGAGAUGUAUGUUUGCUUUUUCGGAAGACGGAACUUAAAGAGGAACCUUGAUUGAUCAUUGUUGCAGUCAGGCAUUCUGUAUAUGUAUUGCUUCUACUUUUAGACAUUGAGAACUGGCAAUUGUCAUUGACAAUAAACGAAUAACCGUUACGCUUCAGAGUUGUCUCAGGCUAUUCACAGUCACUGAAACGUUUGAAUUGGAUUUAACUAACUGAAGCCUGCAGUCUUCGACUUGAAAAUCAAUUUGGGCGGCUGAUUACCCUUCCCUGGUUCUUCAACAUCGUUAUCUAGCUUAUUUAGUUAACUUCUGUGUUUUUUUUUAAAACUAAUAUUUGUUAUUUCUAUUUUGUUUAUUUAUUUGAUCAAAUAUGUCAUCUGCAAGGUUCGAUCCAUCGGACCGGUCCAGUUGGUAUUUUGGGCCGGUGUCGAGACAGGAGGCGCAGAAUAGAUUACAAGGACAGAGGCAUGGCAUGUUUUUAGUUCGGGAUUCUUCAACCUGCCCUGGCGACUAUGUGCUGUCAGUAUCUGAAAAUUCCAAAGUGUCCCACUAUAUCAUCAACUCCUUACCAAGCAUGAGGUUCAAAAUUGGAGAUCAAGAAUUUGAUCACCUCCCAGCACUUUUGGAGUUCUAUAAAAUCCACUACCUGGAUACGACUACACUGAUAGAACCUGCCCCCAGGUACCCAAACACAGCUAUAGGCACCAGCCCCAUUCAGACGAUGGGCGGCCCAGAAGACAACUUGGAGUAUGUGCGGACUCUGUACGACUUCACGGGCAGUGAUGCUGAGGACCUGCCCUUUAAGAAGGGGGAGAUCCUGAUCAUCCUAGAGAAGCCUGAGGAGCAGUGGUGGAGUGCCAAGAGCAAGGAGGGCCGCAUGGGCAUGAUCCCUGUGCCCUAUGUGGAGAAGCUGGUGCGACCCUCCCCUCAUCCUGGCCAGCCUCCUCACGGCUCCCGCAACUCCAACAGCUAUGGCAUCCCCGAGCCGGCCCACGCUUACGCUCAGCCUCAGACACCCUCGCCCCUUCCCCUUGGCACCCCCGGAGCGGUCAUCACCCCCCUGCCCUCCAUGCAGAAUGGGCCAGUCAUGGCUAAGGCCAUCCAGAAACGAGUGCCCUGUGCCUAUGACAAGACGGCUCUGGCUCUAGAGGUGGGUGAUAUAGUCAAAGUGACGAGGAUGAACAUCAGCGGUCAGUGGGAGGGAGAGGUGAAUGGCCGGAGGGGUCUCUUCCCCUUCACCCAUGUCAAAAUAAUGGACCCCCAGAAUCCGGAUGAGAGUGAAUGACCUGGACCCCAAACAACCCUCCCUCCCCACAGUGACACUCAAACCUGCUGGCUGUCUCCAUCCCGCCCGCCAGUGUCACCACGGUUAUGUGCUUGCCUGCUUGUGGCUGUGCGACAGCGGUCUCUGUUAUCGUCAUGCCAACCAUUGUGCGGCUUUCUGACUGUUUACAGCUCUGCACUCAACUAAACUCCCCCAUCUGGUUACAGGCUCGUCAGUGUUUUUUGCCUUUGUCUUUUCAUUUUCAGACCAUCGGAUGGUUGUGUGUGUUGCCAUGGCUCCCAUGACGCCAUGUCUUACCUGGUCAUUUUUUAUUUGAUCUUGGUUACAUUUGAAUACUUAGGGAUUUUUGAGAGCUUGCUUGGACUGUGUGUUUUGUAUUGUGGAUGGGAGGAGGUUAAUGUGAAAAAGAAGAGAGGUGACUGAACAUCACAUGGACUGACUGAGGAGAGCAAAGUCAUAAAUGGCUCCAAGUGGGGCCUGAGGAUAGAACCAGACAGUUGACUGUGUCUCUCUCCAAACAAUCAUUCACUGUUGGUACCUUAGCCACGUACACACACACAGAUUGACCAUUACUUGUUGUGUGUGUGUGUGUGUGUGUGUGUGUGUGUGUGUGUGUGUGUGUGUGUGUGUGUGUGUGUGUGUGUGUGUGUGUGUGUGUGUGUGUGUGUGUGUGUGUGUGUGUGUGUGUGUGUGCGCCUGUAUCAGUCUCAACACCUCUCUUGACUGACACAAGCUGAUCUGACUUGGGCAGGAGGACAAGGCAGAGGCUGACAGAAGAGUUCAAGCCCACAUGGAUUCUGCCUUGUGGAAUAGCCCAUAGCCUCAGUGACACAGACCUAGUUGACAGUUUCGUUAUUUAUGUUUUCCCCAGACUACAUGUGAAAUGGCCAUAUGCAAAGACAUAUUUUGUUUAAUUUGUGCCAUAAAUUCAGGAGUGCUGAGCAAGGCGUUUGUCGUAGUAUAAGUGCAUGACUGUGACCAGGCUUUAGCCAAUGUUGUAAGAGUACUUAUAAAUGCUGUUGAGGGGUAAGGGCUUUUCUAUGAGACGGAUGCCUCAUGCAUCCAAUGAUAUGGGUCACAGGAGGUGGGCAAAGGUUGCAGCCAGCCAAUGACACCCCAUCAAUGCCUUUCACUGAAAAAUGCAACUUUAGUACAAGCAAUCCUUCCCUGUUUCCUCACUGGGUUCCCUAAGGUGGUGAUUGGUUACACCCCUGACUCUCAUCUCUAGCCAGUGUUGACUGUCAAGCACAGGACCUGCGAAGAGAACUUGGUUGUCUUUGGUUAUGUCUAACUGACAUUGUGAUGCCAGAGCUGUCCUGCUCUCUGGUCUUGGUGUGAGUGUGCUGAUAAAGUGCUUCAUUAGAUCUCUGCUGUAAAGAAGACUUACCCUUUCUGUUGUCUCUUCCCUAGUGCUUGCCCAUCAAUUCCCCUGAGCUUUUUCAUUGGGUAGAGUAAUACCAUUGUACAACUAUCAAUCAUGUCCUGACUGUAGUGUUUUUUUGUUAGCCAACUGUUGAAUUGAGCAUUUAAUAUUUGUUUUAAUAACCUUGUAAACAAUUAGACUGAAUGUGACCUUUUUUAAAGGGAAAAAUGCCUGCUGGUGGCCUCUGUGCAUGACCUCUUGGCCUCUCCCAGGUCAAAUGCUGCUUUGUCUCAAUGAACAUUUCCUCAUUAAAAUAUGAAUUAGACUUGUUUUUAUUGCCUCUGUGGAAUCAAUCCAUUCAAAUGUAGUUUGGUUUUCCUUGUGCAACCUCCAUAUUAAACCCUCUGAUUAAGCAAUACACCAAUUUUAAUUUAUGUUUUAGUUGGGUAAACAUAUGUUUUAUUAACGUGCUUUUGUAAAGGCAUUAGCAGUAUUACUGUUUUUUCCCCUCAUGUUUUAGAGUGCCUCUGUGUUGUCCUCUUAAUUCAAAAUAAAAAAUUGUGCCUUUUAUUUUCUUAUACCAUUUGCAUGUGUUAAUAUUUCCCAUGGUUAACACCUGUCCUGGUAUGGCCCUUUAUGUACAGAACAAGUAAAUAAAAUGUAUGUCUACUUCUUUAA